AAAUAUGUGAAAAAAUAAAGAGCUGUUCUAGAUCCUUCCUUGCGUCUCAGGAAUUCGAGAGCGCCGGUUGGAGCCAUUCUUCUCUCUCGCUCCGUCUUGAAGCUCACGAAAAAGGGUGAUAUCUUACCGGUGAUCAAGAGGCAGCAUGGCUGCAAAGCUUAUCGCUAAUUUGCUUAUAAUGGGCUCUGGAAUUUUAGGAAGGGCUGUCUUACAAGCAUAUCGUAAAGCACUUGAAAAUGCCAAUAAAACUGGAGUUGCCCAAGAAACACUACAAAAUAUCCGUAGAGCAGGUAGAACCAUGACCGAGCAAGAAGCCCGGCAAAUCUUAGGACUUCAUGAAAAUGCGUCAUGGGAGGAAGUAUUACAGAAGUACGAUACUCUGUUUGAGAGAAAUGGGAAGAUGGGGAGCUUCUAUCUUCAGUCAAAAAUUCAUAGAGCCAAGGAAUGUUUAGAGACUGUAUAUCAGAAGAAUGGUGAAGGUACUCAAGGAACAGGUUGAAUGAAAUGUAGUUUUCAUCAUUUUUUAAAUUGAAAAAAAAAAAACAAAAUAUGAGAAGAAGUAGCUUUUAGAUUAAUAUAAUUCAUAAUUAGGCAUUUUAAAUAGCCGGCUCAUUUUGUAACAUGGAAUAAUCGUUUCCUGGAUUUCAAAUCAUCUGCUGCUACUUUGGAUUAGGGAAAUCUUAAUUUCACUGUGUAUGAAACGAAACUGCAAUCUUUUGUAAUAUUUAGCUGGUUUGAUGUAUCAUGUUUUUUUGGUAA